AUGUUCAUGCGGAGCGGAUGGGUCUCGGAUGCCCCAUUCACGCUCAGCGGAACGAACAUAUCCGAAUGCACCAGCUACGUUUAUCUGGGUCGGGAACUGAACAUGAUGAACGACCUGACCCCCGAGCUGGGCAGGAGGAGACGAGCGGCUUGGGGAGCGUACAAGGGCAUCGAGGAUGUAGUGAAGAAGACCAAGAACACCCGGCUCCGUGCUCACCUCUUCAACACCACCGUACUUCCUGCUUUGACCUAUGCUUCGGAAACCUGGACAUUUCGCAAGCAGGAAGAAAACGCGGUGAGCGUCAUUGAACGUGCAAUUGAGAGAGUGAUGCUAGGAGUAUCUCGUUUCGCGCAAGUGAGGGACCGGAUUCGAAGUUCUCUCCUACGUCAGCGAUCGAAGAUUAGAGACGCCGCCGCGUUUGCCAAGGAAAGUAAAAUUAGGUGGGCCGGACACGUGAUCCGCUUUAAUGACAACCGUUGGACCAGAGCCGUGAGCGACUGGGUUCCCCGCGAUAUUAAGCGCACUACAGGAAGACCGCCGACCCGAUGA